ACUGAAAAGACGAUCCAUCACCAGCCAGAAGAGUCAAACUUUAUCAGGCUGCGCCGCCAUUGGCUGGCGUAACCACGUGACGCCCCCUUCACUGUACAUUCAUAUUAUUUUCUACUGGCCCUAUGGAGGAAGUGAGAAAGUUGGCACGGCCACCCUGGACUCUAAAGACACUCAGUCACCCAGUGAUAGAUGGACUAUGCGAGAAUGAGUUCCUUCCUAGAUUACCCGAGCCUGAUGAACGCUGAACCUGGGAGCUGCACCUCCAGAGCCUUUCACCCUGAUCAUGGACUUACAACUUUCCAGUCCUGCGCAGUCAGUGCCAAUAACUGUAACAGCGAUGAUCGCUUUAUGGUUGGCCGGGGGGUCCAGCUAAGUUCCCACCAUCACCACCAUCCCCACCAAACUGGGGCUUUCCAGCCUCACAACAACCUGGCCAUGUCAUAUUCCCACCCGAGCUGCGCUGCAGGGUAUGGCAUCCAGAAUUUCAGCGCAGGAUACUCUCACUUCCCCAUAAAUCAAGAGGCAGAUGUCAGUCCAGGCUUCCCCGGCUCUGUGUACACUGGCAACAUCGCCUCCACUGUGGUCCAGCAGCACCAUCAGCACCAUCAGCACCAGAGCUAUGUGGAUGGGUCAGGGUCAGCCCAUUACCUUCACCAUCACCAUCACCAUCCGUAUGGAGCAGAGCAGCAGAACCUUUCCAUGGCCACCUAUAAUAACAACAAUGUGAGCAGCAUACACAUCAAUCACCAAGAAGCUUGUCGAUCACCGUCUGCUGAAAACUCACCUCCAGCACAGACCUUCGACUGGAUGAAAGUGAAGCGCAAUCCACCCAAAACAGGUAAAGCUGGGGAAUAUGGAUAUGUAGGUCAACCCAACACAGUGAGAACCAAUUUUACCACCAAACAGUUGACAGAACUGGAGAAAGAAUUCCAUUUCAACAAGUACCUGACCAGAGCCAGGAGGGUGGAAAUCGCAGCCGCUCUGCAGCUUAAUGAGACCCAGGUGAAGAUCUGGUUUCAGAACAGGAGGAUGAAACAAAAAAAGAGAGAGAAAGAGGGUCUUUUGCCAAUCUCCCCCUCUGCCAGCACAGGAAGUGAUGAAAAGUCAGAAGACAUGUCAGACAAGUCAAGUCCUUCACCCUGUGCUCCAUCACCAGCUUCCUCUACCUCUGAUCAUCUCAAUUCCUCAAACUGAGCAGCAGCUGUUAUGUUGCAAUGUUUUCGCAAGGAUGCCAAAGACUUCCCAAUCCUGCACUGUGAAUGUGAAUUGCCUCCUGGCACCAGAGUUUUGUUUGCACAAACUGUUCCUAAACCAUUUUGUGUUCCCAACUAAGGAACCAAAAUGGAGCCCACAAUCAGUAUUGGCAUGUGUUAAAUUGAAUAUAUGCUGAAUGAGCUGCUUCCUAUGGUCAAGUACUGGGAGAUAGAAGACCAUAUGGUCCUACUUGGCUAGCAUAGGUACUUUCAAUGUGAUGCACUAUAUAAAAAAACAAGUUUACACAAACUGAAAGACUUUAUGAGUUUAAUUUAAAUGUGUUUUGUUGUUGUUUU